AUGAGCGACAAUGGCUUCGGCGGCACAGAUGGAGCCCGGCGAGCUCAUCCAUCCUCCUCUUUCACUACAAGGUCACGGAACAGGCACAAGCUGGGUUCACGCACCGCCAUUUACCAUGUCACAGAUGACAACUGCAGACUGAGCGAUUACCGACGCCUGAAGAACAAGGUGCUAGAUCUCCAUGAGAAGCGCUACAUGGCCUACAGCACCCAUGGCAGGCACCGGGAUGACAUGGGGGCCCGCAAGCAGCUGGUGGACGUCAUGUUCAAACGCUUCGAUGCGGAUAACGGAGGGCGCAUCGAUGCCAGCGAGAUCUCCCAGGUGAUCAAACAGGAGGGACUGUCCCGGGAGGGUGGGGAAUGCUCUCUCUUCGACCUCCUCAAAUACAACGAUAUGAACGACGAUGAGCACCUCACCAGAGAAGAGUUCUACACCGCUUUCGAUGUGUACCAGCUGAGCCUCCCGGACGAUCAGAAGCUGAGUGUCACCAUGGCGACAGUGGGACAGAGCGUGGUCCUGAGCUGUGCCAUCAGCGGAGAGCACAGACCCCCCAUUCUGUGGAGGAGGAACCAGCAAUACCUCAACGCACUCAACCUGGAGGACAUUAAUAUUCCACCUCAGGAUUUUGGAGAUGACGGCUCGCUGUACAUCACCAAAGUGACCACCAGUCACAUGGGCAACUACACGUGUCAUGCAGAGGGAUACGAGCGCCUCCACCAGGUCCACACGCUGCAAGUCAACGUUCCUCCAGUGAUUCGGGUGUAUCCGGAGAGCCAGGCCAGAGAGCCAGGGGUCACAGCCAGUCUGAGGUGCCACGCAGAGGGCAUUCCCAGCCCACAACUCUCCUGGCUCAAGAACGGCAUGGACAUCACCUCCAAGCUCUCCAAACAGCUCACCCUGCAAGCGAAUGGCAGCGAGGUGCACAUCAGUAACGUCCACUUCGAGGACACGGGGGCGUACACGUGCAUCGCUAAGAACGCAGCCGGAGUGGACGAGGACAUCUCUUCUCUGUUUGUGGAGGACUCUGCGCGGAAAACUCUGGCAAACAUUCUAUGGCGCGAAGAAGGCCUGGGCAUUGGGAACAUGUUCUAUGUGUUCUAUGAAGACGGAAUAAAAGUGAUUCAGCCUGUGGCCUGCGAGAUACAGAGGCACAUCAAGCCGAGCGAGAAGCUUCUGGCUCUGGAGGAGGAGGUGUGUCCAAGGGGAGCAGACGAGCCGGUGCAGAGGUGCCUGUGGUCGUCUGCGGUAAACGUUCGAGACAAGUUCAUCUAUGCCACCCAGCCCACCCUGGACCGCGUGCUCAUCGUGGACAUACACACGCAGAAGGCCGUGCAGACUGUCAGCACCGACCCUUAUCCUGUCAAACUGCACUAUGACAAGUCACAUGACCAAGUUUGGGUGCUGAGCUGGGGCGACAUGGAGCGCAACUUCCCCACUCUGCAGGUAAUCACCCAGGCCAGCGGGCGCGUGGCCCACCACACUCUGCACACUCAGCCCAUCGGGAGACGCUUUGAUCGGGUAGACGACUUCUUCAUCCCCCCCUCCAGCCUCAUCAUCAACCACGUCAGGUUUGGCCUCAUCCUUCACCGGAAUGAGCCUGUCCUCCACAAAAUCGACCUGGAGACCACAUCGUACGUGAAAAACAUCAGCCUGCAAGACUACGGCUGCAUCCCAAAGUCUAUGGCCCAUACCCACCUGGGGGGUUACUACUUCGUCAGCUGCAAGCCAGACUCCACAGGCGCCACCCAGCCUCAGCUAAUCAUCGACGGCGUGACAGACAGCGUGAUCGGGUUCAACCGCGACGUCGCCGGCACUCCAUACGUUUCUCCUGAUGGACACUACUUGGUAACCGUUGACGACUCAGAUGGACUUAUGCGAAUCCAAACGGUUUCGGAGCGCGGCGAAAUCAGCAAUCCUUUCGACAUCCACACCAACCUGCACCUGUCGGACGUGGCUUUCCAGAGAUCCUUCACGGAGAUUCACCAGUACAACAUUUUCGGCAGUUCUGGGCGGCAAACUGAUGUUCUUUUCGUAGAACUCAGCAGCGGGAAAGUCAAAAUGAUCAAGAGUUUGAAAGAAGCCACCAAGUCGUUCGAAUGGCCGUGGAACGUUAAGAAUCGGAUUAUGGUGAGCGGCGGACUUUUCGGACAAUACCUCAUGACGCCAUCCAGAGAAUCUUUGUUCAUUUUAGACGGACGACUCAACAAGCUCAACUGUGAGAUCACGGAUGUGCUGAAGGGGAAUGUGGUGGUGUGGGUCGGCGAGUCCUAG